GAAAAAAAGAUGUCUGAUUCUGCAGUUGCAACGUCCGCUUCCCCAGUGGCUGCCCCACCAGCGACAGUUGAGAAGAAAGUGGUCCAAAAAAAGGCAUCUGGAUCUGCUGGCACAAAGGCAAAGAAAGCCUCUGCGACGCCGUCACAUCCGCCAACUCAGCAAAUGGUGGACGCUUCCAUUAAAAAUUUAAAGGAACGUGGCGGUUCAUCACUUCUGGCAAUCAAAAAAUAUAUCACUGCCACUUAUAAAUGCGACGCCCAAAAGUUAGCGCCAUUCAUCAAGAAGUACUUAAAAUCGGCCGUGGUCAAUGGAAAGCUUAUCCAAACUAAGGGAAAGGGUGCAUCUGGAUCUUUCAAACUGUCGGCCUCUGCCAAGAAGGAAAAGGAUCCGAAGGCAAAGUCGAAGGUUUUGUCUGCUGAGAAAAAAGUUCAAAGCAAGAAGGUAGCCUCUAAGAAGAUUGGUGUCUCCUCCAAAAAAACUGCCGUUGGGGCUGCUGACAAAAAGCCCAAAGCUAAGAAGGCUGUGGCUACCAAAAAGACUGCCGAAAAUAAGAAAACUGAGAAGGCAAAAGCCAAGGAUGCCAAGAAAACUGGAAUCAUAAAGUCGAAGCCCGCCGCAACAAAGGCGAAAGUGACUGCAGCGAAGCCAAAGGCUGUAGUAGCGAAAGCGUCAAAGGCAAAGCCAGCGGUGUCUGCAAAACCCAAAAAGACGGUGAAGAAAGCAUCGGUUUCUGCUACCGCCAAGAAGCCGAAAGCGAAGACUACGGCUGCCAAAAAGUAA